AUUUACUGGAUCUGCUCUUUGUUACCACAGCCUUUCCCUCCUCUGCUCCAAGAGAGAGAGAGAGUGAGAGAGAGAGAGUUUAUCUUUUCCUUUUAAAGGAUUGAUUUCUGGCUCAGUCUGAACGCGGUUUUUGCUCCGGUGUUGGGCUGCAGGACCGGAGUCGAACCCGAACCCCCCUCCCCCCUGCCGGUGUCACUACCGCCACAUGAACCGCUUUGACCGUCCUGACAGAAGGCUCGGUGAAGGUUUUUUCACCCCUCUCUCUCUCUCUCUCCGCACCCGGCGUGUCAGUCAUUUUUUUUCCACCACUGCAGUUGUCAACUUGGAGCCCUGCUGGGAAAUGAAGUGAAGCCGCUGCCCUGCCGUACCCGCACCCGCACCCGUCCCCACAACCCGCCGCACAGGACGUGAUUUGGACGCCAAGUAGGAGCGUGGCGCCGGCGGAACAUGUUUACUUCCCUGUUUCUAUGUUAGCCGAGAGGAGCAUGCACGUCAAGGUCCGGAGUUAACCUCAGCGAUCAUCUCCUCCUCCACCUGCCUCACCUUUCCGUGAGAGCUUCAAGAUUACCCAAAAUUCCCGCGGGCCGACAACACAGCCGACGUUUACUUCACCCUCCCCCCGGCAAAGACACUUGGAGGACACGACACUGCUGUGAAGAGGGAGACCGACAUGGCGAAUAAUACGGCCGACCACCCUCCGGGGAAUUCGGUUGCAGAGGGCAACCAUGACGGGGACUUUGGGGUGACCACGGCGGAACUGAGGAGCCUGAUGGAGCUGCGGAGCGCCGAGGCUGUCAACAAGAUACGAGACACUUACGGAGACGUGCAAGGCAUCUGCCGCCGCCUGAAAACGUCGCCCAUCGAAGGUCUGUCUGGUAACCCCGUUGAUCUGGAGAAGCGGCACACCGCGUUUGGAAAGAACUUCAUCCCCCCAAAGAAGGCCAAGACGUUCCUGCAGCUCGUGUGGGAAGCUCUGCAGGACGUCACGCUUAUUAUCCUGGAAAUCGCUGCAAUCAUCUCGCUCGGCUUAUCCUUCUAUCAUCCACCGGGGGGCGACAGCGAAGCAUGCGGCCAGGCCGCAGGUGGCGUGGAGGACGAGGGCGAGGCUCAGGCGGGCUGGAUCGAGGGCGCGGCCAUCCUGUUCUCGGUCAUCAUCGUGGUCCUGGUGACGGCCUUCAACGACUGGUCGAAGGAGAAACAGUUCAGGGGGCUGCAGAGCCGCAUCGAGCAGGAGCAAAAGUUCACCGUCAUCCGCAAAGGUCAGGUCAUCCAGAUUCCUGUGGCUGAGAUCGUGGUCGGAGACAUCGCUCAGAUCAAAUACGGAGACCUGCUGCCUGCCGACGGUAUCCUGAUCCAAGGCAACGACCUGAAGAUUGAUGAGAGCUCUCUGACAGGGGAAUCCGACCAGGUUCGGAAAUCCAUGGAGAAGGACCCCAUGCUGCUGUCCGGGACCCACGUGAUGGAGGGAUCAGGCAGGAUGGUGGUGUCUGCUGUCGGCCUUAACUCUCAAACCGGCAUCAUCUUCACUCUGCUCGGCGCCGGCGAGAACGACGAAGAGAAGAAGGUCAAGAAAAGUAAAAAACAAGGACCCCCCGAAAAUCGCAACAAAGCCAAGACUCAGGAUGGCAUUGCCCUGGAGAUUCAGCCACUGAAGAGCGACGAGGCCGCCGAGUCCGAGGAGAAGGAAGAGAAGGAGGAGGCCAAACCGGUGAAGAAGGUCAAUGUCACCAAGAAGGAGAAGUCUGUGCUGCAGGGAAAACUGACCAGGUUGGCCGUGCAGAUCGGGAAAGCUGGUCUGAUCAUGUCGGCGGUGACCGUCAUCAUCCUCAUCCUCUACUUCGUGAUUGACACCUUCGGGAUUCAGGGCCGGACCUGGGUGGCCGAGUGCACCCCCAUCUACAUUCAGUAUUUUGUCAAGUUCUUCAUCAUCGGCGUGACGGUGCUGGUGGUGGCCGUUCCUGAGGGGCUGCCACUUGCUGUCACCAUCUCCUUGGCCUACUCUGUCAAAAAAAUGAUGAAAGACAACAACCUGGUGCGUCACCUGGAUGCCUGCGAGACGAUGGGCAACGCCACCGCCAUCUGUUCUGACAAGACUGGAACCCUAACCAUGAACCGCAUGACGGUGGUCCAGGCGUACAUCGGCGAUACGCACCACAAGACCGUCCCCGAACCCGACGCCAUCAAACCAGAAACUCUGGAAAUCAUGGUCAACAGCAUCUCCAUCAACUCGGCGUACACCACCAAAAUCCUGCCUCCGGAGAAAGAGGGCGGCCUCCCCCGCCACGUGGGCAAUAAGACCGAGUGUGCCCUGCUGGGCCUGGUGCUGGAGCUGAAGAGGGACUACCAGCCAAUCAGAGACGAGAUCCCCGAAGAGAAGCUGUACAAAGUUUACACUUUCAAUUCCUCCCGCAAGUCAAUGAGCACGGUGCUCAAGAACGCCGACGGAGGUUUCCGCAUGUACAGCAAGGGAGCGUCGGAGAUCGUCUUGAGGAAAUGCUCUCGUAUCCUGGACGCUCAGGGCCAGCCCCGCGUCUUCAAGCCCAAGGACCGCGACGAGAUGGUGCGUAAGGUGAUCGAGCCGAUGGCGUGCGACGGGCUGAGGACCAUCUGCGUGGCCUACAGGGAUUUUCCCGCCGAGGCCGGAGAGCCGGACUGGGACAGCGAGAACGACAUCCUCAACGAGCUCACCUGCAUCGCCGUGGUCGGCAUCGAGGACCCCGUCAGACCCGAGGUACCCGAGGCUAUCGCUAAGUGCCAGCGCGCAGGCAUCACUGUUCGUAUGGUGACCGGAGACAACAUCAACACUGCCCGCGCCAUCGCAACCAAGUGUGGCAUCCUGUUGCCAGGGGAGGACUUCCUGACUCUGGAGGGCAAAGAAUUCAAUCGGCAGAUCAGAAACGACAAGGGAGAGGUGGAACAAGAGCGUCUUGACAAAGUUUGGCCCAAACUGCGAGUUCUGGCUCGUUCGUCUCCGACCGACAAACACACUCUGGUCAAAGGCAUCAUUGACAGCACAGUGGGUGAGACCCGACAGGUGGUGGCGGUGACGGGAGACGGCACCAACGACGGCCCCGCCCUAAAGAAAGCCGAUGUUGGCUUCGCCAUGGGAAUCGCCGGCACAGACGUGGCCAAAGAGGCAUCGGACAUCAUCCUGACCGACGACAACUUCACCAGUAUCGUCAAGGCCGUGAUGUGGGGGAGGAACGUGUACGACAGCAUCUCCAAGUUCCUGCAGUUCCAGCUGACCGUCAACGUGGUGGCCGUGAUUGUGGCGUUCACCGGCGCCUGCAUCACUCAGGACUCCCCUCUGAAAGCGGUGCAGAUGCUCUGGGUCAACCUCAUCAUGGACACUCUGGCGUCUCUGGCUCUGGCCACCGAGCCGCCCACCGAGUCUCUGCUGCUCCGCAAACCGUACGGCCGCGACAAGCCGCUCAUCUCCAGAACCAUGAUGAAGAACAUCCUGGGCCACGCAGUGUACCAGCUCGUCAUCAUCUUCACUCUGCUCUUUGCUGGCGAGACGUUCUUCGACAUCGACAGCGGCCGUAACACUCCCCUGCACUCCCCACCGACUGAGCACUACACCAUCGUGUUCAACGUCUUCGUCAUGAUGCAGCUCUUCAACGAAAUCAACGCCAGGAAGAUCCACGGAGAAAGGAACGUCUUCGAGGGAGUCUACAGGAACCCCAUCUUCUGCAGCGUUGUGCUGGGAACCUUCAUCCUGCAGAUCAUCAUCGUCCAGCUUGGAGGGAAACCGUUCUCCUGCACGGCUCUGACUAUCGACCAGUGGCUGUGGUGUGUGUUCAUUGGCGUGGGAGAGCUGCUGUGGGGACAGUUGAUCUCGGCCAUUCCCACACACCACCUGAAGUUCCUGAAGGAGGCGGGCCACGGCAUCACGAAGGAGGAAAUCCACGAGGAGGAGCUGACGGAGGGCGCAGACGAGAUCGACCAUGCCGAGAUGGAGCUGAGGAGAGGCCAGAUCCUCUGGUUCAGAGGUUUGAACCGCAUCCAGACGCAGAUGGAUGUGGUCUAUACCUUCCAGACGGGCCAGGCGGCGGUGCCCGGUGCCCUGCGCCGCCAGCCGUCCGUCGUCAGCCAGCACAAUGACAUUAAGGUGGUGAACGCGUUCCGUAGCUCCCUGUACGAGGGGCUGGAGAGCCCAGAGUCCCGUAGCUCCAUCCACAGCUUCAUGGCCCAUCCCGAGUUCGUGCCCCUGUCCGAGGAGGAGGCUCGCAUCCCCACCAUCGAGGAGACCGGAGACGAGAUCGACCCCCUCCCCAGCUCCUCGUCUGGGGCCAGUGGAGGAGGGGAGCCGCCCCGCGCCUUCCCCCACGGCCAUGAGUCAUCCAUCUGAGCUCCUCCCUCCUCCUCCUCCUCCUCCUCCUCUCCCUCCUCCUCUUCAUCAGCAUCUUCUGUCACCCCACCAACUGAACUGUCACUGAGGAGGGAAGUCAUGACUCUGCUCGUCCCCUCAUCCUGCACAUGCUUCACGUUGUGUCCACCCCCACCCACCCCCCCUCGGUCAUUCCUGCCACGUUGUGUUUUUCAUAGCGACUGUGGCGUGGUUCUGCCUGUAAGUCUCGUCCUCCACCGCCUCCACACGGGGUGGAGUCCAUCGUCUUCGCCGUGGAUCGCCUGUCCUCGUCCAUUCAUGGCUUUGUUUUUUGUUUUUGUUUUUUUACUUGACGAUACCUUUGAAGAAGCUUUUAAAAGUUGUUGAGCUUAAUUUUGCGGGACUCACAGCAGCAUGUUGUGUUUCUUUACUCGCUUUCAUUCCUGCGUCGUCGAAAAGCAGCACCGAACUUUGCGAGUGCAGCAAUCCUGAUGUACAUACGCUUCUGCUCUUCUUCACAGCUAUAAGCCGGGUUUGGUGAUCAGAAAGAAGAUUUUUAGGCAAAUGCAAAAUUGUAACCCUUUUAUUUCCUUGUUUUUUCCCCUUGUUGUUGUUUUUUUUUUAAAGAACACUUUAAGGAAUGUUAAUGGAUAGAUGAUUCAGACUCCUGAGAAUGUCUUGUGAGUGUGACACUACAGUCUUCAAGGUUAAACUGUUUAAAAAAAAAGAUGUUCUUCCCUUUAUCAUGUCUAUAUGUGUUGUUUUUGUUUUUUUGGUUUUGUUUUGUUUUUGCUGCUGUGUUGCAUGUGGAAGGACCGAAGGUUUCUCACCCUGGAAACCCCGGACGCGGCGGUGUCCCGAGAGCGCUCUCUUUCACUGGGUGUCUGGCUUCAUCUCAUCCAGUCAGGGUUCUGGUUCUCUCUGCCCCCCCCCCCCCCCCCCUCUCCCCCUCACUUACUCUAGUAGGAUGCAUGUUUUGUUUCUGUCGUGUUGAGUCGCAUGAAAACUUGGGAAUGAAUACUUGGGUUUCCGUUUUUGACGACCACGUUUGUUCGUCCGUUCGGAGCGACGCGGAAUUCCCCGCCCGUGGGUCCGAACGUCCCGUCGCCUCGGAAACGGGCUCAUCGAUGCUCCGCUCAUGGCUCGUGCCGUCCGACAUGGCUCACUCUCACACACCCGUGUGGGGGGUUUGAGGCACACUGGGGGGGAAAAUGAGGCCGCCGCUCGCGCCAAACACCCAAAGGGCCAAAACCUUAUCGCAGUGACUCUCGCUGCUGGGACCAGACCGCCGCGGUCUUCGUGUCUUGACCUGAACCACUUUCAGCUGCUCCGACUGGGACGGAGGGUUCACUGUCUUCAUCUAUACUGCUGAAAUUUAUCUCAGUGAGGCGUCCCACUGUGUCACUCUUUCAGAUGGAGCUCGCCCUGAUGCUGACGGGCUUUUAUUUUCCACCUUCAAGGUCUGACCAUCACUGCCACAGGAUGAGAAACAUUCAUUCUUCUGCCUUGUUUAAAUGAAGCUGGUUAAGAUCCGCUGGAGCAUUUCAGCCCCUCGUUUACAUCACUAACCAGUUUGAUGAACGAAUUCAGUUCCACUUCUGAAGCGCAAACCAAAUGGCUUUCAGUGAUUUUUAAGCUGCAGUUGGAGUGGAAUCAACUCAAUGGAAAACAGUAGUGAUGGUUGGAAGGCCGAUGAGCAACCUCCGAUAAAGUAUGGCUGAGUGUCGAUGAUGGUAUCUCAGCUACUGUGGUUAAAUCAGAACCGGCGGAAGACCAAAAGAUGCAGAAGCACGUAAACAGAUUUAUCUUAACCUUAAAGCAGACGACUCGCUCACUUCAGCUCAGCACAGGGCUUGUGAUCGAGUCAAGACGUCACGAUGUGCUUCUUACAGGUGUUGAGUUCAAACGGAAGUUCCAACAUGAGCGACCGCAGCAUCGAUGAGUCCAUUCAGCGUCUCGGCGCAGGAGGUUCGGCUCGGCGGCUCGGGAGGGAAACGAAGCUCCGAACAAUGUCUGGACCGUCUGCCUGUGUUUAAAACUAAUCUUAGUACCACUCCUGAUAUUUCUGUCCCCUCGUUUGUCAGACUUGUGACUGAAUCGGGCUGUCGGUGACGUCACGCAGCCGGCGGCGGGGACGGCCGUCCGUCUCGGCUCGGCUGUGUUCGAUUGACACGUGUCGGCGUGGCGCCCACGCCGAGGUUUAUGGGAGGCUGUCGAUGUCACCAGUCGACCCAGAAAGCUAAAUCCACUGUGUCCCCUUCUGCUGCCGCUUAGAACUUCCUGCUUCACAUCGUCCGCAGAUUACUGUCUCGAAAGAAAAAGGAAUCCUCCUCCAAUCAGAAGCAGCGAUACGUCUAAUCCCCUCUUAGUCUGACUAGCAGCCAUCAACCUAUCGAUGAACUAGUACACGUUAUUGAAGUAAUUUGCUACUACUGCCAUAUUUCCAACUCUUUUGUCAUGACUAGGUUCUUCCUCUCCCCUCUGAUGAGCUUUUUCUAUGUAACUCAGAGCCAUAUUUUAUAGGUUGUCUGUAUUGUUUUUUAUCUCAUUGUUCUCGAGGUUUCCUUUGGACUUUCUCACGCCCCGACCUCUGACCCUUUGACUCCCAUCUCCCCCGACCAAACCGCCCAACCCACCCGCCUUCCCCCGGCCCUUUGCUCCAAACACGACCAAAAAAAAAAGCAAGGAGAAAAUCUUCAGUCGUCACUGCCGAACCAAGUUUAAAGGACCUCUACAAUGUUUACAUGAAAAGCGAGUCGGUGGCAGUUCGCCUGCGCUUCUCUCAUCCGACCACUUCCCUUUCAUUCCCUUGCUUUCCUGAAAAAUCUUAGAGUUACUAUUUAACUAAAUGGGAAAUCUUUCUUGCAUGGUUUUCAUAUAAAAUUCAAUGUUUUGCUCAUUUUUUACAAUUCUUCUGUAUUUUUAUAUUAAGUACUUUUUAAUAUUUUGGAGAUAUAUGAAUAUAUAUGUAUAGGCUGAAGAGUUUGGUGACAGUACAGUACAUGAAUGAGAUGAAUCUACCGUGGACUCUGUCUUUUUACAGCUCUCUAAAUAUUUAUGCCACGUGUGUCGUCUUGGUCACCUGAUGUUAGGGCUCAGAAACCUGCAGUGACUUGUUUACUUCUUGUCGGCCGUUCAAUUGGAAACUCAACAAUCUUAUCUCAUAAGCCCCCUUUUUACAUGAGUAUAUUCACCUUAUUUCAGACGAUGUUGUGGCACACACUACACGCUAUGUGAUUUCGCAGUAAUCCAACUCCAUUUAGAGUUC